GGACAUGGAUUUUAGACUUGAACGACAGGCUGGCUGAGCUUCCCGGCCGUCAUCCUCCAUGGACGGACGUCGUGGUGUCUUUAUCUUCAUCCUCCUCUUCUUCCUCUUCACUGCCCCUAAUCCUCACCCACCGUCCUCAGUGUCAAUACGCGAUUACAAACGCCGACUAGCAGACGAAGAGCGUGCUCUUGCUUCGCUGAACUCCUCGAGUUAUGGUGAUUUGGAUCCUCUAACUGGUCGAUGGCUUCCCCUUGCUGGCCUGAGAGACACGGACGGCUAUGCAUGGAGCUUACUCCCGUCUGUCCAAGAGAAGGCCAGGAAGCAGCUACAGGUAGCACUCGAAGCUUCAGGUAUCCCAGAUACAGUAACUUUGAAGACGAAUAUUACCGGUCUCUCCCUCCCGGUUUAUCAUAAUGUCUCGGGCAAGGUUCGUGGUGAAUGGGUUCACGCCGGGGAGACAGAGAAGCUGAGCCGUCCAAAGCUCAACCUCACCACCAUAAUUACUGAGCAUGAGUAUUUCACUCGGGAAUAUGGCCAUAAUGUUACUGCUCCCAAUGGCCAUAUCAUUCUGAAUUUACAUGAAGGCCAAGGCCAUACCCUCGGGGGCGGUAACAGAGAUGGCAGUGGCGCCAAGGAGAUUAAGGUAGAGAUGCUUUUACGCAGCGACAAGUCCCUUGGAGAGAGUUGGACCAUUCCUCUAUAUGGUGUGCAUUUCCCAGCAUCAGGAGGAAUCAUUCUUACUACAGCAAGUGAGAAGUAUGCUGGUCUCGCAGUAAUACCACACUUAGCUCUAUCGAACGACGCUUUCGAGCUCUCUCGUGAGCUGCUUAAUAACUCCCUCACGGCAGCGCUUUCGGAUAAAUACAAUCACCUCAAUACCUUUCUACCUUGGUCAUCUCUCUCUCAGGCAACGCACCCCGCCUCUUUCCCCUCCCCCAAUUGCGAAUAUGUCAUGUAUCUACAACAACAUGCUCUUAUGUCUCGCGGUAAAACUAUCCCAGGCUCUGUUAUAGAAAGUAUCGAACAGGAGCUCAGGUUCCCUACGGGGGCACCUAUUCCAAAUCCACCUGCACUGGUGUUAUCAGGUCUUAUAUUUUCCCCGGACUGUGGUUUCGUCCUUGAAACCAAAGCAUCGCCGGAAUAUCCUCCUACAGACGAGCUAUACCUGGUUGGGUUAAAACAAGAAGAAUACAGCAAAUAUACCGGGCGCUUUAUAGCAAUCAUCGCCGGCGUACUCGCCUCACAGAUAUUGUUAUUAAUGAAGCAGAUGAAAGAAUCCUCGACACCAUCAACCAGAAGCCGAGUAAGCUUUUACACUAUUGCCAUGAUGUCUAUGGGAGAUGCGUUGUUUAUGUCCUUUAUGCUUCUAGAACUUUACUCAGAGACAUCGUUUUUGUUACUUACCGCCACGUCAUUCCUCACAUUUUUCGGUGUGAGCUUUCUGGGCAUGAAGUUCCAAAUUGAGAUAUGGCUGGUACAAGCUCCGGAGCGAAGAGAACAGCAGCAGCGGCGGCGGCAACAAACUGCUGAAACUCAACCCACCCAUGAAACUCUUCCAUUACCUGUAACGACACCUCGACCCACUGACACUGGCGCAACGCCCGUUAUCCUCCCUCCGGACCAGGAUGAAAAUCCCAGAACAGUGAAUUCUACACCUUCAGAUCAAAGCGACGACACAGCUAAUGCGGGUGCAAUGUACUCACGUUUCUACUUUCUCCUUUUCAGUUUACUGUUUUUCUCGUCAUGGGCGCUGUUCUGGCCCAAUCGCCUCCGAACUAUAUACACAAACACUUUGUCAUUCAUUUAUCUCUCGUUCUGGACGCCGCAGAUUUACCGAAACAUAAUGCGGAACUGCCGCAAGGCGCUUAGAUGGGAGUUUGUCGCUGGGCAAAGUUUCCUCCGUCUCUUUCCAUUCUUAUAUUUCUACUUUAUACCCCAGAACGUCUUACUUAUCCGGGCUGAUGGGAUCACAACUCUUUUACUCACAUCUUGGAUAUGGAUCCAAAUUUGGAGCCUUGUGAGUCAGGAUAUACUUGGGCCACGUUUUUUUGUUCCUAAAAGUUGGGUACCGCCCGCCUACGAUUACCAUCCGAUCUUACGAGACACAUCUGCCUCCGGUUCUGCUGAUGAUCUGGAGGCUGGAGAUACCUUACCAAUUUCAUCACUCCGUGCUGAGCAGAGUGAACCUUCUCCAACGUCAAGAGACGAAGUUAAGGAGGUGGACACUCGCCAAGAUAGGAGGGAUUUUAGUUGUGCUAUAUGUAUGCAGGAUAUCAAUGUGCCAGUCAUUGCAGGAGACGGUAAUAGCACUGGGGCUGGUGUGGCAUCAGGUGCAACGCACCUAUUCAGUCGCCGUGCCUAUAUGGUAACACCUUGCCGCCAUAUCUUCCACUCCCAGUGUCUGGAAACGUGGAUGCGGCUGAGACUGCAAUGCCCUAUCUGCCGAGAAUCAAUACCACCAAUUUGA